AUGGCGGCGCAUAUACGACGAGGUGCACUCCCAUUGCGCUCUCGGAGCUGGACAUCACCAGUCCCAAAUAGUCGAUAUUCAAGAUGCAUAACACUAAUUCAACCCAAGACUGAUUCGAGGAAUCGUCUCUCUAAAUUCUGGGCACCAACUGGUGGCAUAUCACCUCAAGACGGAGAGCAAGAUGAUUCUCACGCUCUUCUCGUCCGAGGUGGCUUCCUCCGUCAAGCGCAUUCUGGAGUUUUCCACCUUUUACCCCUCGGUCUACGAGUGCAGUCCAAACUCGAAGCUCUGAUAGACAAACACAUGUCUUCGAUCUCUGCCUCCAAAGUCUCCCUCUCCUUCAUCACCACAGAGGCACUCUGGCGCCAGUCCGGUCGUUACUCUGCAAAUUCUGAACUCUUGCGCAUCAAUGACAGGAAAGAAUCUGGGUUCCUUCUGUCCCCAACGCAUGAAGAAGAAAUCACGGCACUCGUAGCGAGCACAGUUCACUCGUACAAAGAUCUUCCACUUCGAUUGUAUCAGAUUGGCAGGAAGUAUCGUGAUGAACGACGACCACGACAAGGUCUAUUACGCGCAAAAGAGUUCAUGAUGAAGGAUCUUUAUACCUUCGAUACCGAUGCCAAUGCAGCGCUAAAGACUUACGAGCAAGUACGCCAGGCAUACAACAAUCUCUUCGACGAACUCCGCAUACCCUAUCUCGUCGCCGACGCCGACUCGGGCAACAUGGGCGGUAAACUAAGUCACGAGUACCACUUCAUCUCCCCCAAAGGCGAAGACAACGUCUGGUCCUGCGAUUCCUGCUCCUACGUCGCAAACGAAGAGCUAGUAGAGAAGAGAGCGCCGCCACCGCCAUCAGACUCUGACAGCAGCAAGAACACUGAAGUCAUAGUCUUCACAGGCAUAAGUACAGACCACACAACUGCCAUAAACAUCCACAUCCCACGCCCCGCCUCCGGACUCCCACCAACCUCCCACCACCUCCCCUGGACCCAAAUCUCCUCCCACGUCAACCUCCACGCCGUAAAGCGCGCACUCCCCACAUCUCUAACCCUAGACUCCGGCAUCGAACCAUCCACCCUACACUCCCUGCUCCCAAAAACAACCUCCAGCCUCAACCUCUACGACAUCCGUCUGCCCCAUUCCCCACCAGAACAACAACAAGAACAACACCAACAAAUCGACCUAACCAUCAUCCCCCCCAACGCCCCUUGCCCCCGCUGCCCCUCCGGCACCCUAAACCCCCACCGCGCCAUCGAAAUCGCACACACCUUCCACCUCGGCACCCGCUACUCCGACCCCCUCUCCGCCGUCUUCGCCCCCCGCGACGGCACCGCAAAACUCGCAAUGCACAUGGGCUGUCACGGCAUCGGGCUUUCGCGCAUCGUGGGCGCCGUGGCCGGGUUGCUGUGUGAUGAGCGCGGCCUCAAUUGGCCGCGUGUGAUGGCGCCGUUUGAGUGUGUGGUUUUGGGGGGUGGGGGCGAGGAGGGCGAGGUGGCAGGGAGGGUGUAUGAUGGGUUGGUUUUUGGGGGGAGGGAUGGUGCUGCUCCAGGCGGUGUUGAUAAUGCUGAUGCUACUGCUCCUGCUGCUGCUGCUGCUGUAGAUGCAGAUACUGUCCAGCCUAUCGACACAAUCCUAGAUGAUCGGCCCGGCAAGAGUCUGGGCUGGAAACUGCGCGAUGCUGAUUUAAUCGGCUAUCCUGUUGUUGUCGUCGUUGGGCGGGCAUGGCGGGAGCGGGGUGAGGUCGAGGUGCAGUGUCGCAGGUUGGGGGUCAAGAGGGAUGUUAGUGUGAGUGAGGUUAGGGGGGUGGUUGGGGACUUGCUUGAGAAGUUGUGA